UUUUAGGAAAAGAUGACUUUUGCAAAAAGCAUCAAGACCAUAAGUUGAAUCUCUACUGUUAUGGACAUGAACAGCCAUGUUGCAUUAUCUGUGUUGGAAUGGAGCAUAGACAAUGUGAUUCUGUUGAAGCGGUUGAAAAGGCUGUAGAAACGUAUAAAUCAAGUGGCAAAAUUGAUAGCAUGGUAGAAGAUAUAAGAAGUUUUAGAAAGAAAUUAAUAGACGCAAAAGACGGACAAGAGAGGAAUAUUACGGAACUAGAAGACACCUUAGACAAAAUCACAGAAGAAACUGAAAAAGAAAUAAACAAUGUUAUUCGUCUCAUUGAAAGAUUGAAAAGUGAAUAUUUGAAUGAGUUUUCUGCUGUUGUCAAGAAAGGCAAAGAAAUGCUAACCAGAAAUGUAGUCACUUUCAAUGAUGGGAUCCAGUUUGCUGACUUUUGUUCUGACAUGCUUGAAAAAGCUAAAGAAAAAGAUGAUUCUACCUUUAUGAAAAAAUGUUGUGCUGCAAAUAAGUCAUUUCAGCAAUUGAGAAGCACUAGAUUUAGAACGAGGGUAGUGCGAAUAAUGGUUAAAAAAGAACCUAUUUUGAAAGAAGUAGAAAAAAUUAAAACAUUGGCAACCAUUGAGGUCAGUGAGAUUUUUCACGACAUCAAAAGUGACAUCUUUGAUUUGGAGAAUGUGCAGUUACACUUAGUUACUAAAUUUAACAUCAAUGGAGGAUGUGUGCGCAAUGGAACUUUUCUUUUAAACAAAUCAUUUAUAUUUUCUGAUGGAAAAAAUGGGAAAUGUUGUUAUGGGGAACUCUCGAAGAAGGAAUGGAAAUUGAUUGGAGACAUAGGAUCUCUUUAUGAUCCUUUUGGCAUAUUGCAAAAAGGAAAUGAAUUGUUUGUGACAUGCAAAAUUACAAAAUCUAUUGAAGUGUUUUCUAUAUCUGAUUUCAAGAGAGUGAGAAGCAUCAACCUUGAUUUUGAAAGCUUUGGGAUAUCAGGUUGGAAGGAAGACUUAUACUUGGCAUGUGGCAGCAAGAUUGUUAAAAUAGAUAAGUUUGGUAACGAAAUAAAGAAAUUUGAUACAGCAGGCUCUUCUGCUUUUCAUAUUCUUGUUGCAAAAUCUGGAAUUAUUGUGUAUACUGACUGGAAGAUUAACAAAGUAAGAGCCAUAAGUGAACAAUGGGAUACUGCCUGGGAUUAUACUAGUCCCGAACUAAAAUGUCCUUAUGGAUUGGAGAGCGAUUCACUGGGAAAUAUAUAUGUUGCUGGUAUGCAUAGUAAUAAUAUCCAUGUGUUAUCAAAUUCUGGUAAACUCUUUGAUUUUCCAAAAUCUCAAAAGUCCAGUAUUUUUGAAAAUUGCCAAGGAAAGAAAUGAAUGUUGCAUAUGUAGCGAUUACAAAACCCUAACUUUUUACGAAAUAAAAUGAUAAGCUAUUUACUUGAGUUAUGCUUUUUAAGUCAUGUUGACAUGUAUUCAUCAGCCACUUACUUAAUGUUUUGAGUGUAAAGACUGAUAAAAAGGGGAAUCUUUUGUACCAUAUAAAUCGUUCUGUAUUGAU